CCUAAACUAGAGCCUCCGCCCUGUUUAGAGGGGCAGCAGAGUCUCACAGGCAGCUCUGCUAGGCUACCGACCCGGAGCAUCAAGGCUGCAAAGGCUGGAUUGAGAAGCCACAACAGUGCCCGAAGACUCUGCAUCAUGAAUACUCUAUCUGAAGCAAAUGGCACUUUUGCCAUCCAUCUUUUGAAGAUGCUAUGUCAAAACAACCCUUCGGAAAAUAUAUGUUAUUCUCCUGUGAGCAUCUCUUCUGCUUUAGCUAUGGUCCUCUUGGGUGCGAAGGGACAGUCUGCAGUCCAGAUAACUCAGGCUCUUGGUUUAAACAAAGAGGAAGACAUCCAUCAGGGCAUCCAGUGGCUUCUCCGUAACCUGAACAAGUCAGACAGAAAGUACUCCCUUAGAGUGGCCAAUAGGCUCUUUGCAGACAAAACUUGUGAAGUCCUCCCAACCUUUAAGGAGUCCUGUCUUCAGUUCUAUCACUCGGAGAUGGAGCAGCUCUCCUUUGCCAAAGAUGCACAAGAGUCUAGGAGACACAUAAACACGUGGGUCUCCAAACAGACUGAAGGCAAAAUUCCAGAGUUGUUGUUAAGUGGUGCAGUUGAUUCAGAGACCAGACUGGUUCUCGUCAAUGCCUUAUAUUUCAAAGGAAAGUGGCAUCAACCAUUUAACAAAGAAUACACAAUGGACAUGCCGUUUAAAAUAAACAAGGAUGAGAAAAGGCCAGUGCAGAUGAUGUGUCGUGAAGACACAUUUGACCUCGCCUAUGUGAAGGAGGUGCAGGCGCAAGUGCUGGUGUUGCCAUAUGAAGGAAUGGAGCUGAGUUUGGUGGUCUUGCUCCCAGAUGAUGGUGUGGACAUCAGCAAGGUGGAAAACAAUCUCACUUUUGAGAAGCUAACAGCCUGGACCAAAGCAGACUUUAUGGAGAGCACUGAUGUUGAGGUUUUCCUUCCAAAAUUUAAACUCCAAGAAGAUUAUGACAUGGAGUCUGUGUUUCAGCGCUUGGGAAUUGUGGAUGUCUUCCAAGAGGACAAGGCUGACUUAUCAGCAAUGUCUCCAGAGAGAAACCUGUGUGUGUCCAAGUUUGUUCACAAGAGUGUGGUGGAAGUCAAUGAGGAAGGCACAGAGGCUGCAGCAGCCUCCGCCGUCAUAGAGUUUUGCUGUGCCUCUUCUGUCCCAACAUUCUGUGCUGACCACCCCUUCCUUUUCUUCAUCAGGCACAACCAAACCAACAGCAUCCUGUUCUGUGGCAGGUUCUCGUCUCCAUAAAGGCACAUUUACUAUGUCUGGAAAAUUCAUACUUCAGUAUCUCUACCAUUCCUACAGCUCUGUCAGGAUGGGCAAGAAGGGAGAAACCAUGUUCUAAGAUGAGGGCACUUUCUUCCUGUCAGCCUGAUAUUAUGAUGCCAGCAUUCAGCUCUCCCUGUCCUGAAUCUGUGCCCUUUGCCAAAUUAUGUCUAAUGAUGCCAUAUACUCUCUGCUAUGCCACUGAUACCCAUAACUUAUAGCCAAUAAUUUAUAGCAAGUCAGAACUGAUUUCACUGUGAGGGAAUGCUAUAACAGAGCUGGAGAAAAGGCACAGAUGCUAGGAAAGGUUGCUGCUCUUGCAGAGGACACAGGGACAUUUCCCACCACAGACAUAGCUGCUUACAACCUCUGGAAAUUCCAGUUUCCAUCUGUGACUUGAUGCCUUUCUUUGGCUUCUACUGGCUCAAGCAUCCUGCAUAUGCAGAUAUCCUCACUCAGAGUUACGCACAAACAUGUAAAAUUUUAAAAACAAAUAAAAGUUUAAUGAGAGUCUUAAAUUUCAGUAAUGGUUGGAUGAUAGCUGCCACUGUGGCUUUUCCAGUUUUAGUGCCAUUAUUCUCAGCCAUUAUUCUCAUGCACAGAGCCAACAAUUUAUAGGUAAAUAUCAAUGACAUGCCAUGAUCUUAUCUUCAUCCGCUUUCAAACACAUUGUGUAACCAUCGAGCAGUGACUCUCUGUUCUUCCUCCCUUUGGACACAUAACCACCAAUCUUCUUUCUGUCUCUGUAGCUUUAUCUAUUUUGGACAUUUUAUAUAGAGUUCCAUUUUACUUUCUUGAUAAUGUUCUUUGAUGCACACAGAUUGCUUUCUUUUUCAAUGACAUUCUCCUUAUUUAAUACUGUUCUGAUCAUUAGGUAUCAAUAUCACAGGUAAGAGUAAGAAUCUCAUUCCUAAAGUCAAGUACAGAAAUAACUGCCCCUAUGUUUUCCUCCAAGGCUUUCAAAUAGAUCUAGGUCACUGUUCCAGUUUGGAUUCAAUUCCAUAUAUGGUAUGGUGUAGGA